AGAGAGAGAGAGAGAGAAAGAGAGAGAGAGAGAGAGUUACACCAGACACUUCUCUUCAAUACGCAGCACUGAUUCAACAAGUGCAGCAGUCCGCUUGACAGAGCACAGAGUUUUUCGGCACCCGACAAACAGAGAGAUCUCAACAGCACAGACGGGCUGACAACAAGACAGACAGACAGACGCAGAGACGGAGAGGAAGAAGACCUUUUUGAGAUAAACAAAAUCAAAACAAGAAGACAAAGCCAGAUGACCACCAACAUGGAAGUGAAGGACAAGUCUCAGCUGCGUCUCCGCCUAGUGUUCCUGGGGGCGGCCGGCGUGGGCAAGACGGCCCUGAUCCAGCGCUUCCUGGCGGACACCUUCGAACCGAAGCACCGGCGCACCGUGGAGGAGCUCCACAGCAAGGAGUACGAGGUGGGCGGCCUCAAGGUCACCGUGGAGAUCAUGGACACCAGCGGCAGCUACUCCUUCCCAGCCAUGCGCAAGCUGAGCAUCCAGAACAGCGACGCCUUCGCUCUGGUCUACGCCAUCAACGACCCCGAGUCGCUGGAGGCUGUGAAGAGCCUGCGGGACGAGAUCCUGGAGGUCAAGGCGGACAAGUGCACGCCCAUCGUGGUGGUGGGCAACAAGGCGGACCGCGAGACCGAGCGGCAGGUGGCGUCCGAGGACGUGGUGUCCACCGUGGAGCUGGACUGGAACAGCAGCUUCCUGGAGGCCUCGGCCAAAGAGAACGACAACGUGGUGGAGGUGUUCCGCGAGCUGCUCCAGCAGGCGCACCUGCCCAGCCAGGUGAGCCCGGCGCUGCGGCGCCGCCGCGAGACCUUCCCCAAGGACAUCGGGCUCCUCCGGCCGCCCAUGAACAAGACCAACAGCUGCACCGUCUCGUAACUCGGGGGGGGGGGUGGGGGCAGGGGGGCAGCUCAGAGGGAGAGAGCAGGGGCAGAGGAGGAAGAGGAAGAUGAAGAUGAGGAGGACGUCCGGGGGCAAGAAGCCGCUGGGUGAUGAGACGACCCCACACCGGAGAGUGAGACUCUGGGGAAAGCUUCAGGUGGACAUGUGAAUGCUGACGGUGGCGCUCAAAGUGCAUCUGACCCCGAGUCCAAGGUCACUCUGACCCAUCAGACAGGCGCAGGUGAGACGGAUACUGAAGUGGGGACAGAGGUGGACACGUGUAAAGAAGACUCAUCUCACAGGGUGAACUGUGACAUGAGAGCACGGCUGUACAGGCUGAAGAAGCCCUCUGUGGCCACAUGCAUUUCAUAUGCUUUAUUUUCCCCUUUGCACAAGUCAUGGUAAUAGCUUCUGGUGUCCAAAAUAUGAUCAAUGAAAAGCUUUUUUUAUGUCCUUUUUUUAAAGUUUCAAUGUGUAUAUUUUGUUCAUUUGCAAUUUGACUUCAAGAAUGUUUGUCAAAGUGAACAUACACAUGUAUUUAUUGCAAAAGAAGAUAAAAGCCCAGGGUUAUUUCCUGGUUGUGAACAUGAACAUGUUUGUGUUAAGUGUGUGGAAUCUGUACAGCUGGAGGAGAUUGUUUACAGAACUAGUCCUGUCAGAAUUCAAAUUGUUGUCAAAGCAUGAAUCGAACUUACCCAAUGUAAGUGAGGUAGUUGCAGACAUAUGUCUAUUAUGCACUUUCAUUUCGAGUGUUAUAAUAUAUUUUACAGUUGAACCAAUUUAAUGUUUAGUGUAAAUAUGCUUUACGUUUUUCUAUCAUCAAUAACUGUUAUUGUGCAUUGUUAUAUGUGGAAUGACCUUUACACAAAUAAAAUACAGAGGAAAUAA